AUGCCGAAUUCUACGCCAGAAUUCCUCCGAUUCACAGGACACCGGUCCUUUACGCAGCGACUGAUCCUGUCGACGCUGACCGGUCGACCUAUCCACAUCUCCAAGAUCCGAAGCUCAUCGCCUACGAACCCCGGUCUAGCUCCCCAUGAGAUUUCCUUCUUGCGCCUUCUUGAGGCUGUCACCAAUGGCAGCUCCAUGCAGAUUUCCUACACGGGUACGACCAUCACAUACCACCCUGGUCUGAUCACCGGAACCAUUGCUGGAUUUGGCGCCUCUGAUGGCGAUGUCAUUGAGCACAACAUCGCCGUCAACAACACCCGCGGCGUCUCUUACUUCCUUAUGCCUCUGUGUCUGCUAGCGCCUUUCUCCAAAGCGCACAUGAACGUCCGAUUCACAGGCCCUGGAGUCAUCACAUCAUCCACCGAGACAGGCGAUAUCUCAGUCGAUUCCUUCCGAACAGCCAUUCUCCCUCUCUUUAGCCUCUUUGGCAUCCCCCCCGCACGCAUAGAGUUGAGAGUGCUUCAACGAUCUUGCGCUGGACCUGGUGGGAAAGGCGGCGGUGGCUGCGUCGAGUUGCGAUUCGCAAGCCAAGUACGACUACCAAAAACCCUGCAUCUCAACCGAAGCCCUGGUCGCAUAAAACGCAUCCGAGGUGUCGCAUACUGUACUGGAGUAUCAGCCUCCAAUAACGCCCGCAUGAUCCACUCAGCGCGUGAGAUCCUAAACCCUCUGGUAUCCGACAUUCAUAUUGCUGCACAGUAUGACCAGGCACCACUCGUGCCCACAGGUGACAAAGCAGGAAGCAAGAGGCGGCUGGGAAUUGGAUUUGGUCUGAGCUUGGUCGCCGAGUCGAGUGCUGUCGGCAUUCUUUACUCGGCCGAUGUAGUUGUCCCGUCUUCGGGCGGUGUUGUUCCCGAGGAUAUUGGCAAGCAAUGCGCCUACCAACUUCUUGAGAACAUCUCACAGGGCGGCUGCGCGACACAAGUCUCGGCCAGGUCAAUGCUUAUCCUUAUGGCUAUGGGAUCUGAGGAUGUUGGUAGACUCAGGAUCGGUCGAGAAGUACUUGCGAACGAAGAGAUGGUCGUCCUCGCCCGAGACCUGAGGACAUUUGGCGCAAGCAGCUGGGGUUUGAGAGACGUUGGGGACGAUACGAAUGAUAUCAUUGUUUCUGUUAAGGGUACCGGUGUUGGCAAUGUUGGAAGAAAGAUGGCGUAA